AUGCCGUUUGAUGCUGUUGGUGCUGCUAUUACUACUUCAAAAAAUGGAGUGGACGCAUUAUACAACCCCUCAUAUCCCGACUUUAGUCGAUUCAACAGUCGCAGAUCGGUUGUAUAUAGCACCAAAGGCAUUGUUGCGGCCUCACAGCCCCUUGCUGCUCAAGCCGGCCUGGACAUCUUGAAAGCAGGUGGCAAUGCGGUUGAUGCGGCAAUAGCCACGGCGGCUGCGCUGGGCGUAACAGAGCCAAACUCGACGGGAGUGGGAGGAGACAUGUUUAUGAUAUUCUGGGACGAGAAGAAGCAGAAGGCUUUUGCAAUGAACGGAUCAGGGCGCUCACCAGCUGCGUUGACAAUUGAAAAGUGUCGCGAGAUAGGCUUGAGCGGGAAUUUACUGCCGCCCCAGCAUGCAAACUCGGUUACAGUUCCUGGCCAAGUUGCCGGAUGGCUUGAUGCAAUGGACGCCUAUGGAAGCGGUAAAGUUACGAUGGAACAGAUUUUGAAACCGUCCAUCGAACUCUGUGAAGAUGGCUUCCCGGUGUCCGAAAUCACAGCUCGACACUGGAUAGAGUGCGAAGGAUUGCUUAAAAAGUCCUCGCCAAAUGGAGGCGAAGUUCUCUUGGCAGACGGAAAAGCUCCGAGAGCUGGGCAAGUCUUCAAAAAUCUCAAUCUCGCCAAGGUGCUUCGAGAAAUUGCUUCCAAAGGGAAAGCAGGAUUUUACGAAGGUUGGGUUGCAGAGUCUAUUACGAACACUCUCCAACAACUUCAGGGUGUCAUGACAACUCAAGACUUGAAGGACCAUACGACGACUUUUGUUGAACCGAUAUCUCAGGCUUACAACGAGUAUAAGCUAUGGGAGUGUCCGCCUAAUGGUCAGGGUAUCAUUGCUCUAGAGGCGCUGGGCAUUAUCAACAGCCUGGAGAAGGAAGGCAAGAUUCCUCCUCUCAAGAGUUUACAGCAUAACUCUAUUGAGUAUGUUCAUACUAUUGUGGAAGCUCUUCGAUAUGCAUUCGCCGAUGGAGAUGCCUAUGUCUCUGAUCCAGAGCAUUCUGGGCCGACCUGGAAAAGCCUGCUCAGCGAGAAAUAUCUCGCCGAGCGGGCGUCUAGCUUUAAACUAGAUGCUGUUGAUACAUCUUUGAAGCAUGGAUUUCCCAAAAGCGCUUCGGAUACUGUCUAUCUGACUACAUCAGACUCGCAAGGCAAUGCGUGCAGCUUCAUCUGCUCACUUGCCUCCAACUUUGGUGGCGGAAUUGUUCCCAAAGGCUGUGGGUUCGCUCUACAGAAUCGAGGAACGCAGUUUCAUCUGCGCGAGGGUCACGUAAAUACCCUCAGACCUCGCAAGCGGCCAUAUCACACGAUUAUUCCCGCCAUGGUGACAAAGAAUGACCGUCUCGAUCUCUCAUUUGGCGUCAUGGGCGGCUUCAUGCAGCCACAGGGCCACUUGCAAGUCAUGCUCAACUCGUGCGUCUUUGGCUUCAACGCUCAGGAUGCUCUGGAUGCCCCAAGAGUGUGCAUUCGGCCCUCACGCACGCUGCCCGAGUACUCUACGGCAGAAGACUACUCCAAACUGACACAAAAGUCCAUGAUAUGCUUAGAAGAAGGGUUCCCGGAGGAGACGGUGGAGGGCUUGCGCAAGCUGGGACAUGAGGUUGAGCUCAUAACGGGAUGGAAUCGUGACCUGUUUGGCCGAGGACAAGUGAUUAAAGCAAAUUACGACCCAAGUGGCCAGAGAGUCUACAAUGGAGGGAGUGAUUUACGCAGCGAUGGACACGCAGUUGCUUGGUAA